GUUACUCAGCUGUUGGCCAACGGCCUCUUCAUCCCGAACAGCAUGCCCCAGGCCCCAUUCCCCCUCGCCCUCCUCUCGACUUUUCGCGUCCGACGACGAGGCGAGCCGCGCUCGGAAAACUCAGGCCAAUGCGAGUUCAGCCCUCAUCGACGAAAAAGACACAUCGGCCCCCGGCCUCGCAGCGCCGGAGAAAGCAGGGAGAGCGACCUCUGCCCCGGGCCCAGGACUACCCUGGCAGGAGAAGACACCUGGCGACCGGCAGCCCAUCCCGCCGCCGCGGAGACCCGAAACCAUCUGCAGCCCAAGUCUGCCCAUCUUACAUCUGCAACCACUUCCCUUGGCCUGUGCACGUGCCCUGCACUGAUUCUCUGCCUAGGAAAGGACCAUGCAGUUAGAGAUUAAAGUGGCCCUGAACUUCAUCAUCUCCUAUUUAUACAACAAGCUGCCCCGGCGCCGGGCAGACCUGUUUGGAGAAGAGCUCGAGCGACUUUUGAAAAAGAAAUAUGAAGGCCACUGGUACCCUGAUAAGCCACUCAAGGGCUCUGGCUUCCGCUGCGUCCACAUUGGGGAGAUGGUGGACCCUGUGGUAGAGCUGGCUGCCAAGCGGAGCGGGCUGGCAUUGGAGGAUGUGCGGGCCAACGUGCCUGAGGAACUGAGUGUCUGGAUUGACCCUUUUGAAGUGUCCUACCAGAUCGGUGAGAAGGGGGCUGUAAAAGUGCUGUACCUGGAUGACAGUGAGGGCAGUGGUGCCCCAGAGCUGGACAAGGAGAUCAAGAGCAGCUUCAACCCUGAUGCUCAGGUAUUUGUGCCCAUUGGCAGCCAGGACAGCUCUCUGUCCAAUUCCCCCUCGCCGUCCUUCGGCCAGUCACCCAGCCCCACCUUCAUCCCUCGCUCUGCCCAGCCCAUCACUUUCACCACCGCCUCUUUCGCUGCCACCAAAUUUGGCUCUACCAAGAUGAAGAAGGGUGGUGGGGCAUCUAGUGGUGGGGGCGUGGCCAGCAGUGGGGCAAGUGGCCAGCAGCCACCACAGCAACAGCCUCGCAUGGUCCGCUCGCCCACCAACAACCUGCUGAAGCACAAGAGCCUCUCUUUGUCUAUGCAUUCACUGAACUUCAUCACAGCCACCUCGGCCCCUCAGUCCCAGCUCUCACCCAAUGCCAAGGAGUUCGUGUACAAUGGUGGUGGCUCGCCCAGCCUCUUUUUUGAUGCAGCUGAUGGCCAGGGCAGUGGCACCUCAGCACCCUUUGCGGGUGGUGGGGCCAGCACCUGUAACAGCAGCAGCUUCGAUAUGGCCCAGGUAUUUGGAGGUGGCACCAACAGCCUUUUCCUGGAGAAGACACCCUUUGUGGAAGGCCUGAGCUACAACCUGAACACCAUGCAAUACCCCAGCCAGCCGUUCCAGCCUGUUGUGUUGGCCAACUGACCACUCCUCCACCCAGAGGGCCAAGAGCACCCACGACCACAGAUAAGAAAAAGGAAAGGAGAGGAAAGGCCAAAAAAAAGAGGAAAAGAAAACUGUACAAAAA